GAAAAUUGCAGCCAGGCUUUGGUAUUCGACUUGAACGAUUUUUAUAUUUCCGACAGAGCCAAACAGUAUGAAAAAAAUUAGCAAAAAGAUAUAACAGCCCCGUUGUGUAUCGGAAUUCGUGUUUUUGUGAAAAAAAAAAAACAGUUAAUUAGUGUUCUAUGUCGAACAACACUACUCAUAUAAAUGAGGUUGAGAUUGUGGCCAAAGAAGACGUCGCUGCAUCUGAUUUAGCGCAAUUGUUCGCCACUUCGCCAUGGGAAUGGUCAGAAGAUGGGGUGUUUGCUUGGAUGUCACAUGUUGUGAAUCAAUUUGACCUGGAUGCCUCAAAUUUAAAGAAUCUUCAUAUAAACGGAAAAGAACUUCAAAUGUUCAGUCAAGAUGAGUUUGAGAAAAAGGUUCCUUAUGGAAACGUUCUGUGGGCUCACUUACAGUUCCUAAGCAGUUGUAAUGUGCAUGAGAAUGUUCAUGUUACAGAAGUUCCAAACAACGAAACAAAGUUUUCUCCCGAAAAGCAAACCGUUGGUGCUAACACAGAAGUUUCAACAACUAACAAAUAUAAGAAGGAUAGAAAUCUAAUAUCCUGCCAUCAUAGAACUUCUUCUGUGUCUGGACGUGGUACAUCUUACUACUUAUGGGAAUUCCUUCUUGCCUUGCUGCAAGAUCCCCUUACAUGUCCACAACUCAUUAAAUGGGUAAACAUUAAAGAAGCAAUAUUUAAACUGGUGGAUUCAAAACUUGUCUCUUGGUUGUGGGGGCAACAUAAAAAGAAACCAGAAAUGAAUUACGAGACUGUGGGACGAGCAUUAAGGUAUUACUAUCAAAAAGGGAUCCUUCGAAAAGUAGAUGGGUACAGGUUAAUGUACCAGUUUCGAUUUCUGCCAAAAAAUCUCACUGUUGUGCCUUCGGUGGAAAAAUGCUCUGAAGACACAGAAACCUUUAAAAAAAUUGAUGAAGAUUGGCCGUCAUCUGUUCCUGUUAGAUUAAGAUCUGUUGGGGAAGAAGUCCAGCCGUUGUCUGUUGGGUUACCAGUAUUAGCUGCUCUGUUUAAAUCAGUUACAUCUACUGAGUGCGUUCAAAGCAUUCGCACGGAGAGUAUACAAGAUAUUCAGCAAAAAGUAAUCCAUGUAUUUAGCCUCUCACCCCAUGGUGUAGUGUCUGAAGUACAAUUUGCACCCAAGCAGACAGUUCUGCUUGAAAAAGAGAAACCAGAAUUUGAACAGGUUGUGCAAAGGGACAUUACUCCGGAAAACUCUAUUUCAAAUAAAGUUAUUUUGCCUCAAACUGACCAACUACCUGCAUCAGAACCUUGUUUGUUGUCUAGUAUUUCACCAGGUAGUUAUUCACCUGCAGAAUCGGCAAAAAUUCUUUUUGCUCGUAACCAGUCCGGUUUAAUUACUUACGACCGUGCGCAAUUAAAAAACUCCCGCUGUUCAGUUUCUGUAAGUUAUAAUAGAUCUGCUUAUCAAUACAUGGUGGAUUGUAGGAGGGAAAACAACAAGGUUCAUAUCUCUUCAACAUGGGUACCGGAGAAAGUAUCUCAGGAAUUACUUGACCAUUGGAAACUCCUGCCAGUAAUUGAAGAACACAACGAGAAUACAAACUCAAAUGUUCUGUUCAAGACGAAAUACAGGAUAACGAACCAAUAUGCCUGCCAAAAGUCUAAAGUAUUUGGCAAACUUUUUACAGUUCCAACUGAUUUAUCGAUAAAAACAUCAAACAAUUCCAAAAAAUCAGCCAUACCCUUGCUAAACUUUUCCGAAGAUAUUGUGCAUUCAAAUGAAGACAGAGUCGAAUCAAUUUUAAGUUCUGAUAUAAAUUCUUCUUGUUUAGAGUCAAAAACUAGAAAUUCUGAUUUAUUUUUACAAAAGAAACGAACUAAGUACAGAGAUAUAGCAACGACAAAACCUGUUGUUAAAACUGUUGUUGAAUUAACUUUUGAUAAUGAUUUUGUUUAAUUAUUAAUAAAUUUUGUUUCAUAUCA